AUGUCCGCAGAUCCUCCGCAGCCCCUGCCCGCCCAGGCCGACCCGGCCGCCAAGCAGAAAAAGAACCCCAUCGGCAGCUGGUUUGUCAAGAAGUUUGGCAGGAGGAACAGCGAGGCCGGCGGUGCGAACCCACACCCGCCGACUUCGCCAAAGCUCAAAGAACCUCGCAGCCGCAGGACCAGCAACUUUGCUCCCGCCAACAACAACAGCUCCGGCCUCAGCGCCAACCCCAACGGCGGUGGGCCCCAGCGCACCGUCGAUGGCCUCCCUUCGUUUGCCGGCGACAGCGGACAAGGCCUCGCCAGUACCCUCGUCGUCCCCACGUCUCCAUCGGCCACUAAUGUCGCCACUCCACCACCCCAGCUCGCCAGCUUGCCGCAACAGGAGCCGCUGGGCGCCCUCGGCUUCAACCCAAACGACUCAAAUGCCACCGCACCGCUCGCCCACGGCCAGACGCAGCCUGCCCCGGCCAUCAACACCCAGCCGCUCUCGCUCCAGGUCGACCCGUCCUUGCACAGCGUGUCGUCGCCCGUCUCGGACAUCAUGACGCCAAGGGCCAACACCAACGCCCUCCACGCCCAUUCCCAACACGGCUCCUCGACCGACGCCCCCGCCUCUUCCGCGGUGGCCGAUGCAGGGACACACCUGGUCCCCGCCGCGUCGCAGCAGGAAAGCCUCCGAUCGAGCUCCGACUCGGACCAGAGCAGCCGCGACGGCCUCGGACGCGACUCGAUCGGAAACCGCACCAUGGACACGGGCAAGAGCCGCGCCAGCACCAAGCCCACCACCCUCAUGAGCCUCGAUACCCGCGAAGCCCAGGUGUUGCCCACGACGCACAUCGCCCAGGCCAGGCACGGCGAGAGCGGAAGCGCUGCUCCGGGCACCAACGGCACGGCGGGCGCAGCCACAGCGGUACAGUUUGCCUCGCCCCCGCUCGCCAGGACCGGCAGCGGCACUCGGCCCAAUGGCGCCGUUUCGGACGAACACGGGCCCUACGUCAACAUCCCCUCGCACUCGCGCCACCACCCUUCCAACAACCCUUCGCCAUUCGCCAUGCCUCCGGACAAUGCGAGCGUGCUGACCCUCGCCUCGUCGACGGCGGCGCACAGCUUCGCCGGCGCGGCCAGCAGCCGCAGCCGACGGGCCGACCGGCCUAUGCCGACCCACGCCGCCAUGUACGCCCCCGGCACCGGCGCCAGCGUCUAUGCUGGACCGGGCGCGCCCUCGGACCGCGUCAGCAUCCACCGCACGCCGUCGCAGCGCACCGUGGCGACGCAGCGCUCGAUCCCGCUCUCGGCGUCGGCUUCGAACGCGGCCCUCAACGCCUACAGCAACCCCAAGUCGGACCACUCACAAGAGGCGCCCGCCGCCGUCCAGGCCCAGGAUGGCGGCGCGGCGGCUGUCGCAGCGCUCCACCGCGAGCCGCAGGUGACCGCGCAGGCAGAUGCACCCGUCAAGGCCGCCGGAACCGCCACCGGGAACGGCGAUGCUGCCACCGAGGCUUUGCCGGCGACUCAGGCCCCCACCGAGGCUGCAGAGCCGGCAGCCACGGCGACGGCGAUGGCGGCGUCGACCAAGCCACUGCCGUCACCGUCGGCCGACCUGCUCGAGGCGCAGGCGGCGCACCUAGCGGCGACCGAGCACGACGUCCCCUCUGCCCUCGCCAAGCCCCGGGCGGACCCGCUAGACGCCGCGGCCGACGACAGCGCCGACGGCGACAAGCUGCUCCUGCCUGGCGGGCCUGCCAUCUCGCCGUAG